UUCAAAAAUACACCUCUUUGGUAAAAAAACUCUAAUCGAUCGUCAUCCUCUUCGCCAUUCUUUCCCAUCAGUACAAUCGCAUUAAUAAUUCGUCCGAAUUUCUGAUCAUUAACACCCUCAAGUUUUUCUGGAUAAUAACCACCUCAACGAUCGUCACAAUUCUCCUUCUUUCUCCUUCGUUCCAUGUUUUGUAGUCUUCUGAAACCCUAACAUCGUUCGGAGUUCAAUGGCGGAGCCACCGCGAACAAUUGCCGCUGGUGCGACGUUGGCCAACAGCCCGCAGGCAUUGCAGACGAGCUCGCGUUCUAUCACGGAGACGGUGAACGGCUCGCACCGGUUUGUGAUCCAGGGUUACUCGUUAGCUAAAGGGAUGGGUGUGGGAAAGCACAUCGCCAGUGAGAACUUCUCCGUUGGUGGUCACCAGUGGGCUAUCUACUUCUAUCCCGAUGGUAAGAACCCCGAAGAUACUUCGGCCUACGUUUCUGUAUUUAUAGCAUUGGCUAGUGAAGGGACGGAUGUCAGGGCUUUGUUCGAGCUGACUCUGCUUGAUCAGAGUGGGAAGGGAAAACACAAGGUUCAUAGCCACUUCGAUCGCUCCCUCGAGAGCGGCCCCUACACAUUGAAAUACCGUGGCAGCAUGUGGGGGUACAAACGUUUUUUCAGACGAACAUCACUUGAAACUUCAGAUUACCUUAAAGAUGACUGCUUGAAAAUUAAUUGUACUGUCGGAGUUGUACGUUCCACAAUAGAUUGUCUAAGCUUGCAUUCUAUUCAAGUCCCAGAUUCUGACAUUGGUGCACAUAUUGGCAUGCUUUUGGAUAAUAUGGAAGGCUCUGAUACUGUUUACAAUGUGGCUGGGGAAAGAUUUAAUGCCCAUAAAAUGGUUUUGGCUGCUCGUUCUCCAGUUUUUCAAUCACAGUUACUUGAUGUUGCGGACGAUGAUAAAAAGGAAAUUGUAGUUACUGAUAUGGAACCCAAGGUCUUUGAGGCUAUGCUGCAUUUUGUAUAUAGAGACACUCUUAUGGAAGAAGACCCAGAGGCAUCUAGUUCUUCUUCUGUCCCUUCUAUAUCUGAUACAUUAACUGCGAAAUUGCUAGCAGCAGCUGACCGUUAUGAAUUGGGAAGACUCAGACGAAUGUGUGAAGUUCGUCUCUGCAAAUAUAUAUCUGUAAAUUCUGUAGCUAAUAUUCUGGCUCUUGCUGAUAAGUAUCAUGCCACAGAACUCAAAGCUGUCUGUCUUAGAUAUGCUGCUGAAAACCUUCCUGCUGUGAUGCAGUCAGAUGGGUUUGAAUAUCUAAAAGAAAACUGCCCGUCACUCCAAUCAGAGCUUCUGAAGACGGUCGCUGGUUGCGAUGACGAUUGCAAGAGCGGAGGGGUCUUGAAGUCUCAAAGUGUUUGGGCACAGCUUUCUGAUGGCGGUGGGGAUUCCAAUGGCAGAAGGGUACGUCAAAGAAGCUGAUUUUACACUUACUAUCAAGACAAGUUGUCGAUUUUGUUGUUCUGUGUUCGGGAACCCGAAAUCUGUGUCAUAGGACUAAUGAAUUUUGUGGUUUUGUUGAGUGGAGCUGUGAUGGUAUCGCUCUGGUGGUAUCGGUAUGUGAUGGUUUUACAAAAAAUGCAUAGUUUUAGUAGCUGCAGGUGUUCAGUGAUGGAAUCCAUUAAUUUACUAGCCAGGGCUAAUUAGUUGGGGGAAUACUAGAACUCAUCUUGAAACUAGUAGUACUUUAAUAGUUAAUUCUACAACUUCAGUCUUCUGCAAAGUAUGGAAUAUUGAUUAUGUUGCCUUGUUAACAACGCUCUGCUUCUUUGAAAGAGAUUGUUUGCUGCUGCUGCCACCAGUACUCUGCCUGCAACAUAUUGAACUCAGUUGGUACCAUUUCAUGUUGAGAUGGAACACUAUUUAUUCUAUAGUGAUGCCGACUCACACGCUGUACUCUAAUGCUUUUAUUACUAGUUUACAGGUACUACUAUAAUAAGUUACGUUUACCACUUCUUUUGACAAGAAACAUUUUUUUUUGAAGCA